GUUUGGGUAUUAUCUGCCGCAGAUAUCGUGUAGGCCCAAGUGAAUGUUUUUGGGCUUCAUGGUUUUAAUUCCAAGCUGGACCUUUUGCACAUAUUGUGGUGUUUAUUCGUGUCAGGAAAAUGUAUGAUCAGCGGCACAUCGGGCUGAAAUCACAACUUCAUACAUGCAGGACCAGAGGGGGAAAAAAUCUCGUUUUUAACUUGUGUCUGGCGUGUGGCGCUGUUGAUUGGGAUGUCUGGGGGAGGUUUGAUGGAUGGCUUAAUUGCGUGUAGUCCGAACUUGAAGAGAGCUGGUGGGAGGGGAAGAGAGACGACGAGGAGAGGAGAGAAUGAGGGCUUUAACGCUGCUGAGAACGUCGUACGUCAGAGCUGACAUGACGACCGAGACCCCUCAGCAGCAGCUGGACCCUCCGCCUCCUCUGAGAUCCAGCCCGGCGUCCGGCGUCCUGCACCCCGCCAUGCUGAGCCCACAAGCCGCCACAGAAAGUUCGUCCACCGCCAUUAAAGGAAAGAAAACCAGCUCCGGUUUACGGCGACCGGAAAAGCCGCCUUACUCCUACAUCGCUCUCAUCGUUAUGGCAAUACAGAGCUCCCCCACCAAAAGACUGACACUCAGUGAGAUCUACCAGUUCCUCCAAGCUCGCUUCCCAUUCUUCAGGGGCUCAUAUCAGGGCUGGAAGAACUCGGUCCGGCAUAAUCUUUCGCUGAAUGAGUGCUUCAUCAAGCUGCCCAAAGGGCUGGGCAGGCCGGGGAAAGGCCACUACUGGACCAUCGAUCCGGGCAGUGAGUUCAUGUUCGAGGAAGGCUCGUUUCGUCGUAGACCCAGAGGCUUCCGAAGAAAAUGUCAAGCUCUGAAGCCCAUGUAUCGGAUGAUGAACGGCAUAGGCUUCGGUACCUCCAUUCUCCCGCAGAGUUUUGACUUUCAAGCUCCAUCCGCCACUCUCGCCUGUCACAGCAACAGCUACAACUUGGACAUGAUGAGCAAUUCAAUGGCCGGGGGGUACGACGGGCUGAGCGGCGGCCACCACGUACCCCACAUGUCACCGAGCCCCGGCUCCACAUACAUGGCGAGCUGUCCUGUGCCGCCUAACGGGGAGUACGGCCCGGACAGCAGCAGCAGCCCCGUACCGUCCUCUCCAGCCAUGGCCAGCGCGCUGGACGGACACUCCCCGUACGCCAGUACAUCCGCACACUGGGCGUCCUCCGGCGGGUCCCACUACAUCAAACAGCAGCCUCUAGCCUCCAGCAGCCCCGCAUCCUCUGGUUUACACUCCGGCAUGUCGCCUUACUCCCUGGAGCAGAGCUAUCUUCACCAGAACGGCAGGGACAGCCACACCAGCGACAUAUCAGUGGGGAUUCCACGUUAUCAGAGCCACUCCUCGGUGUGCGACAGGAAAGAUUUUGUGUUAAACUUUAACGGCAUCUCCUCCUUCCACCCCUCGGCUGGCGGAUCCUACUAUCACCAUCACCACCACCACCAUCCCCAGAGCGUCUGUCAGGACAUCAAACCCUGCGUGAUGUGAGCUCACCUGUCACUGUGGACUUAAACCGAGAGAGGCAGCGACGGUCACAGUGAAACUGCAGGUCCGUCACAUGAGAACAAACAAGUGGACAUUUUUCAUUUCUUCUUCUUUUUGAAUUUUUGGAGGAUUCAUACCAGGAUGUAUCGCGGUGUCCGCUCUCACGUGUUCGCCUCCUACAUGCAGCCAAAGUAGCUUUAUUGGUUGGACUUGAGUAAACUAUGCAUUGAAGGAAAUGAAUGAAGAAACCCCAGAGGCCUAAAAAAAACCACUUUGCCUAUAUGAACCCUGACAAGCGUUUUCUUCUUCAAAACAAGUUUCAGAAACACGACUUUUAAUGUGUUUGCUCUUGUAACACAUGCAAACAAAUUAUAUUCUAUGUAACGAUAUUCUAUCCUAUUAGAGUAACUACACACAUGACGCUUUAGGCUAAGAUGAACUGCAACAAACCUUGCACUUAUUGUAUAACCCUUUGCCAACUUUUUGUCCUGUAAAGGUUUCAAUAAAGCUGAUAUAUAUUUUA